GCAUUUGGUGUGGAGUGUUUUACUGACAGCAGUGUCUCACAUGUCUUUAUGUCAGGGUGACAGUCCUUACCAAGGAGGAGUUUUCUUUCUCACAAUCCACUUCCCCACUGACUACCCAUUCAAGCCACCAAAGGUAGCAUUUACUACAAAGAUCUAUCACCCAAAUAUAAACAGCAAUGGGAGUAUCUGUUUGGACAUUCUACGGUCACAGUGGUCUCCAGCACUAACAGUGUCUAAAGUUUUAUUAUCCAUAUGUUCGUUGCUUUGUGAUCCAAACCCAGACGACCCGUUAGUUCCAGACAUAGCACACAUCUACAAGAACGACAAAGAGAAAUACAACAGAGUAGCAAAAGAAUGGACCCAAAAGUAUGCCAUGUAGAGGAAAAAACAUCAAAGAUAUAAAAAAAUGUCCUGAGAAAUUUUCUCUUUUCUUCCCUUUUACUGUAAAUUACAGUAUGGAAUCAUAAAGUAAUCUUGGGUAACUUCUAUCAAACUGAACUGUCAUCAUCAUAAUUGUUAAUCUGAGACCACAACAUAUACUUUAUUUGUUUUUGAAAGGAAGAACCGUUUUUUUCUUUGUGUAAAUGAGAAAGAUUUGGUCCUUUUAACGGACACUGACAUUUUAAAGUUUGGCAUGUUGUUUUUGCAUCAAGGACAUUUUAUUUAUAACAUACACGUUUAUUACAAAUUACUUUACUGCAUUCUCAAUUUUUUAAGUAAAACUGAUGGAUCUUAGGACAUAAAUCCUACCACAUGCCAUUCAGCAUCCAACCUUUUUCAGAGGAGCUGAGAAAUAGUGCAGCAGAAUAGCACACAUGUUAGACAAGGUGCUCCAUAACUGGAAAAUCCCAGGUUCAGCCAGAAAGAAACACACUGAACCAUUGAAAUGUGGAAGGGUGAAUGCCAAAUAUGGAAGUUCCUCAUUCUGACACAUAUCUGUAAAACAUAAGACAACUGACAACAUCAUAAUAUUCCCUUUAGGGAUGAUAGUGGGUGGUGGAGGUUUUUGUUGACUUAUUUUGCAUCUUAUAGCAGAUGAAGUUGAAUGAAACAAUGUACUGUUGCAGUUGCCCUGAAAAUGGUAGUAAAAAAAGUCAUGUAUUACUGUGCUCUUCUGAUGUCUGUCAUUAUUAUUAUUAUUAUUAUUAUUAUUAUUAUUAUUAUUCAUUGUAUAGUAUUAAAAAUCCUUUGGAACUAUAUUGUUUUAUUCUGUUUCAUUUAAAUUGGAGUCAUCUCAAUGUAAAUUUGCCAUUAAAACAAUGUACUGGGUUUCCCCUGAGACUAGCUGUGAUGUUGGCUUUUUGGUAGAUUUACACAGGCAACAAGAUCAGAUUUCUAGCCCAAUGAAACCUGUAUAAGGGUUCAGUAUGUUCUUCUGUUGGACCCACAGUCUGCUGUAUACCUAUCUGUACUAUAGAAAGGGUAAAAACCCAAGUUUCUGUUCCUGUGUACAGUCUCUUGUGUCUAUGAGGCCUGAGUGUGGCACUUUUUGUACUGAAUUAAAGAAUGGUACGGUUUUUAUCAUG